AUGAGUGUGUCAGUUAAUGGUUUGAAUGGUCAUAAUCUUGACCAGAAGACUCUGUUUGUGCGUAAUAUUCCUUUUACUGCUACCGAUGCAGAGUUAACAGACUUUUUUUCGCAGUUUGCACCGCUAAAGCAUGCUAUUAUAGUGAAGGAUGGUGAUGGAAACAGUCGAGGAUUUGGCUUUGUUUCCUUUGCUGUUGAUGAGGAUACCCAAACGGCUUUAAAUGAGGGUAGAAAAAUGAAAUUCCAAGGCCGUUUAUUGAGAGUAGAUAUAGCUAAGAGGAGAGAACGUUCUAAAAAAUCUGAAGGUGAUGAAGGAGAAGGUGGGAAAGAGACAGCUUCCAGAGAUAAAACUGUGGAAGAAGAUUCUUCGGAUGCUAUGAUGAAAGGUAAGCCUAAGUUAAUUAUUAGAAAUAUGCCUUGGUCCUGUCGUGAUGCGGAGAAAUUAAAGAAAAUUUUCUCAAGGUUUGGUACAGUUGUGGAAACGACUAUUCCAAGAAAGCGAGAUGGUAGGCUAUGUGGAUUUGCAUUUGUAACUAUGAAGAAACUUGCUAAUUGCGAAAAGGCUAUCGAGGGCUCUAAGGGUUUAAAAAUCGAUGGCAGAGACGUUGCUGUUGACUUUGCUGUUCAGAAGAACAAAUGGGAAGACUAUAAAAAUUUACAGAAUUCCACCGAGGAACAGAAAGAGGAGGAAACCAAAGAUGCAGAUGAAGAAGGAGCUUUAUUGAAAAGUUCAGCAAACGAUGACUCUAGUGAUGAGGAAAAUGAGGAUGAUUCCGAACCGGAACCAAGCAAUGACGAAGAAAUUAGAAAUCCGGAUAAUAAACCAAAAAACAGGAGAGAAAAGUUCUCCGUAUUUAUUCGUAAUGUUCCAUACGAUGCUACUCAAGAGUCUCUGGAGGAGCAUUUCGCUCAAUUUGGUCCUGUGAAAUAUGUGUUGCCCGUUGUAGAUAGGGAAACUGGUUUACCCAAGGGAACCGCCUUCGCAGCCUUUAAAACUCAAGAAACAUAUGAUAACUGCAUAAAAAAUGCACCAAGUGUCGUUAAUACUUCACUACUUAUCAGUGAUGAUGUCCUUCCACAGUAUGUUUACGAAGGUCGUGUUUUAUCAAUCACGCCAACUCUAGAUAAGGACUCUGCAAAUAGAAUGGCUGACGCUAAUGCGUUGAAGAGACGAGAGCUUUUCGGAAUUGCCCCUGGCGAGAAGGAUAGGCGUAAUUUAUAUCUAUUGAAUGAAGGUAGAAUUACUGAAGGUUCGAAGUUGGCCCAACUUUUAAGUACGGCGGAUAUGGAAGUCAGAGAAAAAUCUUAUCAGUUAAGAGUUGAACAGUUGAAGAAAAACCCUGAAUUAAGUCUAUCUAUGACUAGGUUGGCUGUUAGAAAUAUUCCAAGGGCAAUGAACGAAGCUGCUUUAAAAAUAUUGGCACGUAAAGCGGUAGUUGAAUUUGCAACAGAAGUAAAGGAAGGGAAAAGGCAUCCACUAUCCAAGGAAGAGAUUAGCAGAUCUACCAAAGACAAGUAUAAGUUAAUGACAGCGGAGGAAGUAACAGCUUUAAAAAGUAGAGAGAAGAAACGUGGUCUAGUUAAACAAUCUAAGAUAAUAAUGGAAGUCAAGGGUUCAGUUGUUGGAAGAAGUAAAGGUUAUGGAUUCGUUGAAUACAGAGACCAUAAAUCUGCUUUGAUGGGACUAAGAUGGUUAAAUGCGCACGAGGUCAGUUUAGAGGAGAUUUUAGAAGGCUUGACAGAGGAGCAAAAGAAGUCCGUUGACACUGUUGGGUUCAAAAAGAGACGGUUAGUAGUCGAAUUUGCACUUGAAAAUGCAACUGUUGUUAAGAGAAGAAAUGAGAAGAUAAAAGUAUCCAGAGAAGUUUCCAAAAGAAAGAGGGGCCAAGACGAUGAAGGUAAAGAGGAUAACAAGAGGCAUAAGAACACGCAAGAACCCAAGGCUAACAAUAACAAGAGUGGACUAAAUGAUGAUAUAAAAAGAAUAAUUGGUUUAAAACGCAAAAGAAGAAACGGUAAGAACAAAUAA